AUGACUGCUACCACCGCUACUGUUUCUCCUACCGCUCCCACUGCUCCUCCUGCUUUUGCUGCCCCUUCUGCCCACCCCACUGGCACCGGCUUUUCUUUCCCUACUGUCAGCCCCAAAGCCAGCCCAACAUCUGCCCCCACCCCCGCUGCCCCCACAGCCACCCCUGCAGCUGCUUUCGCAGCUUCCCCUGGCCUUUCCCUCCUUGCCCCAUUCCCCUCCCCGUCCGCCCCUUGGGGAUCUGGCUGGGACCACGCCCCCUCUCCCGGCAAAUCCAAGCCGUUGAUCGAGGAGCUCCGGUUCCGUCCACGGCUGGGAUUCUCCGAGGAGAUCGGCGCGGGGCGAUUCAGAGAAGCACAUCAGGACGAAGGGGGGGAUGGAGAUGAGGACCUGGAAAGCCCCAGCUCUCCGUCCUGGUUCCCGGACCUGCGCCGAACCUGCAGCGACAACCCCCGAUCCGCAUUCCCAGCCUCGGGAGCCUCGUCCCCGGACCACCACGGAACCCGAGGGGAGCGUCUCUUCAUACCCCAGAAAAGCGGGCUGGGCGGGGGGGAAAGCGCCGCUGCGUCUCUCACCCUUCCCCCUCUCAUGUCCAAGAAACGAUCUAUCUCCAGUGUCGGCCCUACCAGCCCCCGCUCCCAGUCUCGCUCCCUCCGGCCGUCCCUCCGUCGCAGUGUAGCAGGGCCGUUACCAGACGCACCGGUUACCAUCAUUGAUGGUACCAUUCAGCUCGUGGGAGGGCUGAGCCUUAACUCCAGUAAAGCAGACGGGAGAAGUGGGAGCAGGGGGGAUGGGAAAGCGGAUUCCCCGCCUCCUCCCUCGCCCCUGCCGCCUCCCCGGCCGCCCCGGCCACAGGCCUUCCUAGGGGGAGGCAGCGAGAAAGGGGGAGGAGGAGGGGAGCAGCAGCAGGUGGCAGCAGCAGGAGGGGGAGCAGGAGGGGCAGGAGGGGCAGGAGCAGGGCUGUGGGGUAGCUUCAGUAGCAAGCAGAGCCGGGUUUUCCUGCAGGCGAACCAGCUGAACCUGUCCCCACGUUCAGGGGGACCUGGGGGAGGUGGGACCCUCUCGUUUGGACAGGACGGUGGGUUUGAGGGGGAGGUAGAUCUGGUGAAGGCUGGCGGCUGGGGGAAUGCAGGAGGGGAAGGGGGAACAGUUGGAGCGAUUGGGGCAGGAAUGGGCGGAGAAGAUGGGGCAUUGGGCGUAUCUGGGCAGGCUGUACCUGCGUGCCAGCCGUUCAGAAUGAACCUGGCGAAUUCAAGGUUCAACCGCAGCCGGAGCAUGCCCAUGGAGCGACCCCCUCCCAGGAGUGGUAGCAGUGCGGUGGGGACCGGUGGGCAUGGCGUGGGCAGGAGUAGUGGCUUGGGAGGGGGCGGUGGUGCUGGUGGUGGGGCUGGUGGUGGUGGUGGUAGGUUUGGUGGCCAUGCUGGGGGGAUGGUGGCUAGCCGGUUUGCUUUCCAGGGCAAUGCUGGCCCAUCCGGCAGUGGUAGGAGUGUGGGUGGUGCUACUGCUGCUGCCCUGCGUGCUGGUACGGACACUUCUAUGGGUGGGGUCACGGGAGGUGGCAUUGCAGCAGCAGGAGGAGGAGUAGCAGGAGCAGCAGGGGCAGCAGCGGGCACAGCAGGCAGUGGGUCAGGGGCAGGGGAGCUGCUUGAUUCCAAUGUGGCAGAUCUGGUGGCAGCAUGGCUGUCAGAAGAGAGUCCUAAUGGUGUGGACGGGGGUGGUGCAGCAGGAACACAAGAAGGGAGUGUGGGAGGGGCGCAGGGGAUGGGAGGGGUGGUGGGUGGGGGUGCGAUUGGGGGCGAGCUGGUGCAAGGGGGGGAGAAUUCGCGGCCGAGUUUGGCGCAGCUGCAGCAAGCGAUAGGGGAGCAGCUCAAGUCCGAGAGGUGGUCACUAGACAGAAGGCGUGGUUACCUCACUCAAGGAGCCAUGAGUGCCGCUGACAUCCUAACUCGGGUUGAUGUUAUCAGACGGCGUUAUGACCCGUACACGAAGGAGACUGUUACGAAAGAAGAUGCGACGGACAGCUUCAUGACUUUGUAUGCAGCGGUUACAGUAGAGGUGGAGGAGGUGAUCGAGAAAUCAAAUGCAGCUGUUAUUGAGAGGAAUCUGGCCAAGGUUGCGGUGCUGAAUGCCGAGAUCAGGCGAGCUAAAGACAUUUUGCAGAAGGAAAUUCAACGGCUUGAGAAGCUCGCGUAUCGGAAGGUUAAAGGAGUUUCGCCUGACGAGGAUGCGAAGAGGCCAGACAUGGUCAGAACGCUCAUGGAAAAGGUUCAGGCGAUUCCUGAUGGCAUUGCGAGAGGAGGUGGGAGGACCGUCGCAUCUACACGGGGCGUUUCAGACGUCCAGAUUGACGCUCUCGAAAUGGGUACUUCUACUGUGGCCGUACUCAGCAUUGUCUUCUGUGGCUCUCAGUUCACGCACCAUCUGUUGCAUUUGGCAGUGCUCUGA